GUACAGUCAUGGUGUCCUGUGGCAUGCCUAUCCUGGUUCUGCUCUGGAUCCAGAGUUUGGUCCAAGCCUACAAGCCAGAGGAGCUGCCCAGGGGAGUCAUCUUGUCCUGGUUUAAAGAGCGAGUUCUGGAGAACUUGGGUCUGGAGAAGCCACCUCUUACCAGGGUACGGGGUCCUGGAGAGGACACAACACCACCAAACGUGGAGCAGAGACACAGGAGGGUCCUCCGGACCACCAGAGCAGUGAGGGAGAACCAUGAACCCAGCAGGGACCGGGAAACGUCUCAGGUGAUUCUGUUCCCAUCUGACUCAUCUUUUGCCCUUGUUGACUCAGCCAUGAAUAAAAGCACCAGAAGCUACUUCACCUUCUACUUCCAGCCCUCUAAAAACCUUCAGGCCGCUGUGGUCACAUCUGCUCACUUCUGCUUCUUUGAGGGAGGCGCUGGUUCGUCUGCCUCACUCUUCAUCUUCUCAGCACAGCAGCUCUACCAGGCAGCACAAACUCCAACACUGAGGAGCUCUGAUGGAUGGAGCACCUUCAGUCUGGAUGGGCCGUUGAUGAACUCCAUUGCUGAGGGUCCAUUUCUGCUUCAGGUCCGGUGUCUGGCCUGUCAGUGGAAUCGUGACCCAGAGCAGAUGGCCUUUCUUCAUCUCCACGUCAAGCCCAGGGGUCGUACUCGUUCUCCCCGUGAUGCAGUAGUAACCAUCCCCUGGUCUCCUACAGCCCUACACCUCCUCCAGAGGCCCUCACAGGAGGAACCUCAGCACGACGACUGCCGCAGAGAAGAAAUCGAGAUCAGCUUUGAGGAGCUGGGCUGGGACAGCUGGAUCGUCCAACCGAAGGUGCUGACCUUUUACUAUUGUCAUGGGAACUGCUCGGCUUGGGAUCGGACUUCCGCUAGAUUAGGGAUGACUCAGUGCUGCGCGCCGGUUCCAGGGUCCAUGAAGUCCCUGAAGAUCACGACAACAUCUGAUGGUGGGUACUCCUUCAAGUAUGAGACCCUGCCCAACAUCAUGCCUAAGGAGUGCACCUGUGUCUGAACCCCAAAGGUUCCCCAAAAUCCCUCCCACUGAGAGACUUCCCGUGGUGACCUGCAGAUGUGAUGGAUUUUUCUUCAGCAGAAAAUGGGGAAAUUCACUCGUUUAAUAUUUUAGGAGUUUAGCGUUCGUAUUAAAUCGUCUCAGAUGAGAGUUGUGGAACUGUUCAUUUUCUUUUACCUAACCCAAACCAAAAGAUGUGAUUGAAAUUUCUUUGUACAUGUCGAGUUAAAAAUGUCUUUGGAUUCUGGAAUAAAAUAAACUGGUCAGA